GGGAGGCGGCGGAGCGCGGAGCCUGAGCCCGGCCGGGCCGAGCGCAGCGCAGCGGGCCGGGGAGAGGCUGGCGCGCCCGCGGCCCGGCGAAUCCUCUGGCAUCCGCCCCGGCGGGCCGCCCCGGCGCGCAAGGUUGAAGCAUGGAGCUGCGUGUGGGGAAUAAGUAUCGCCUGGGCCGUAAGAUCGGCAGUGGGUCCUUUGGAGACAUCUACCUGGGUGCCAACAUUGCCUCUGGUGAGGAAGUAGCCAUCAAGCUCGAAUGUGUGAAGACGAAGCAUCCACAGCUCCACAUCGAGAGCAAGUUCUACAAGAUGAUGCAGGGAGGAGUGGGGAUCCCGUCCAUCAAGUGGUGCGGGGCUGAGGGAGACUAUAAUGUGAUGGUCAUGGAGCUGCUGGGGCCCAGCCUGGAGGACCUCUUCAACUUCUGCUCCCGGAAGUUUAGCCUCAAGACGGUGCUGUUGCUGGCCGACCAGAUGAUCAGCCGCAUCGAGUACAUCCACUCCAAGAAUUUCAUCCACCGGGACGUGAAGCCUGACAACUUCCUCAUGGGCCUGGGGAAGAAGGGCAACCUGGUCUACAUCAUUGACUUCGGCCUGGCCAAGAAGUACCGCGAUGCCCGCACACACCAGCAUAUCCCCUACCGGGAAAACAAGAACCUGACCGGCACUGCCCGCUAUGCCUCUAUCAACACCCACCUGGGCAUCGAGCAAAGCCGUCGAGAUGACCUGGAGAGCCUGGGCUAUGUGCUCAUGUACUUCAACCUGGGCUCCCUGCCCUGGCAGGGCCUCAAAGCAGCCACCAAGCGUCAGAAGUACGAACGGAUCAGCGAGAAGAAGAUGUCAACACCGAUCGAGGUCCUCUGCAAAGGCUACCCCUCCGAGUUCUCAACAUACCUCAACUUCUGCCGCUCCCUGCGGUUCGAUGACAAGCCUGACUACUCCUACCUGCGCCAGCUCUUCCGCAAUCUCUUUCACCGGCAGGGUUUCUCCUACGACUACGUCUUCGACUGGAACAUGCUCAAAUUCGGUGCAGCCCGGAAUCCGGAGGACGUAGACCGGGAGAGACGAGAGCACGAACGGGAAGAGAGGAUGGGGCAGUUGCGAGGGUCCGCAACCAGAGCCCUGCCCCCUGGCCCACCUACAGGGGCUACCGCCAACCGACUCCGAAGUGCAGCAGAGCCUGUGGCUUCCACCCCAGCCUCCCGCAUCCAACAAGCUGGCAAUACUUCUCCCAGAGCGAUCUCACGGGCCGACCGAGAGAGGAAGGUGAGCAUGAGACUCCACAGAGGUGCGCCUGCCAAUGUCUCCUCCUCAGACCUCACUGGGCGGCAAGACGUCUCCCGAAUGGCAGCCUCACAGACAAGCGUGCCAUUUGACCAUCUUGGGAAAUGAGGAGAAUGACCACAGACCAGUGUUUGCUUAGUGUCUUCACUGCAUUUUCUUUUUAAAAAAAUAAAAACAAAUAAGAGAAAGGACAGAAAGAAAGAACCGCUCACAUGAACACAAAAGAAAAAAACAAACCACAAAAACCACAACCCAGCACAAAGUCGACAGUGGAUUUUGUUUCUUUGAUUUAUUUUGCCAAUGGCAAAAAGACAAGACGUCCUUAGCACUGAGGAUUUUUGUCCCCUUGCCUUGCCCACUGCUCCCAACCCGAAGAAGGCUGCCAACACUCCUCUGGUGACACUCCAGCCACCUGUUCUCACCACUGGCCAUCACGUGCCGGGCCGCCAUUGGAGGUGCCUGAAGAGCUCGAGUCAGGGAGUGGUUUGGCCAGUCAAAGACAAGUCCCAGGAGAUUUCAUGGAGCCUUGGAUGACACACGCCAUCAGCCCUUGGGUGAUGACAGUGGCCAGCGUUGUAUUGGGCUUUCCCAGAAUCCCCUCCCUGAGCAUCCUGGUUCCCGCCACACACCCACCUGUCACCUCUCUGCAGAGACCCUGAGGGUGCGGUGAGAUGGUGGCCAUGAUGUUUGUGAGUCUGUGUGUGUGUGUGUGUGUGUGUGUGUAUGUGUGUGUGUGAGAGAGAGAGAGAGAGAGAGAGAGAGAGAGAGAGAGAGAGAGAGAGAGAAACUGAGACUUGUAUUUUUCAGAGCUGCAGGUAGCCUGCCAUGCCUGCCUGGCCAAGUUUCUGUUUUCCUCCCCCUAAAGUCAAGGUGGGGUGGACAAUGACCUCCACAUCCCUCAGGGCAUAGAGUCCUUGCCACCACCUGUCCCCAAAUACCAGUGUGUGGCAGCCCCCCAUCUUUCAUUCCUGAUCUUAGGCAAGUUCUUGGAGUCUGCUCCCAGAUGGCAUCGGCUCUGAGUUACCAGUUAGUUCCCUGGUCCUGAAAGUCACCUGUUGUCACCCCUCUUUUCAGGCCUGACUCCUGAGUAGGACCCUGGGUCAGGGCUAAGUGUUGAAUUUUCCCUUCCUGGUUAACACCUGUUUUUUUUUUUGUUAUUUUAUUUUAUUUUUGUUUGUUUUCUCGGUGUGUGUAUUUCCUAAUUUAUUUACCUCUUUUUCCCUUUCUUUUUUUUUAAUUAAAGAGCAAAACUUUUUAUUACUUUGUAAUUUAAAAAAACUGAAAAAAAAUUACUGAAGAACUUUGGGGGGAAUUUUGUACUUUUUUCCUGUGUAAAUAUUGGACUUUUUUGAGCUUUAUUGUGGUUGUUAAUUUGAAGUAAUAAAGUAGAAAAGGAAAAGUGAUGUAGACCA